GAGAGGACGGAUUCUGUAUAAAAGAGACAUGAUUCCUCCUCAGGUCACAGACUCAGUUUGUUCAACAGCUUCCAGACCAAGAUGGAUCCACGUGUGCCGAAGUGUGAACUCGGGAACCAGGGUCAGACUGCUGCUCUCAGCUUCAGGGAACAUCUGGCUGAUUGUCUGGAGGACACAGACUAUGAAAAGCUGCUGCAGACAGCAAAGACCGGCCUUCGGCCCAUACACACAUCACAUCAUGUUGUGAUUGUUGGAGCUGGCAUGGCUGGACUGACGGCAGCAAAGCUGCUGCAGGACGCAGGACACACGGUGACCAUAUUAGAAGCUAGUGGUCGUGUGGGAGGACGAGUGGAGACCCACAGGAAUGAGACAGACGGCUGGUACGUGGAAAUGGGAGCAAUGAGGAUCCCAUCUACCGAUAUUACCCAUGAUCCUCUACAGCGUCCCCAGGCCUGCCGUCCAAGGUCUGUCCUCCAUUCCAACCAGUCUGCAGGACUCUGCAGCACAGUCAACUGCUCCGUGUGGGGCGAGUGGGCGUUGGCCGACUGCGACAGGGGCGGCUGCAGAGCGCCUCAGAGGUCGCGCCCAGAGGUCAUCAGCAUCACCAUCUCCGCCAUCAACUGGACUCGUCUGCAGCGCCAACAAUCACGUUAG